AUGGUGGGGGCAUCCACUUCUUCCCAAUUGCCACCUGGUGUGGGAAGACCAUUGGCAGACUUGACAAACGCAAGUGCCAAAACAAAAAGACGACGUGUUGACGAUUUGAUCAAGAGUAGAAGUUCUGAAGAACUAACAGCGGCUGCUGAAAUUUCUUCUCGGUUAUCGGGAAAGAGGAACGUAGCCAAAUUAAUCAAAGGAGUCAGUGAAAGUACAGAAAAGUUCACUGAUUUUCAAAAGUGUAGUGAACAACAUAAGCAACAAAGGUCUUUGACAAGCGAGGAGGCUCUGGCGUACUAUGUGGACUCCAAAUCCACAAAUGAAAAAAUUUUUACCGUAGAAGAGAGCUACAACAAACAAAAUGAUAAGGUGUACGCACACAGUAGUGAAGAAGCGAGCAACCGUAUCCCACGUGUCCAACGAGGUCAUUUUUCAUCCUCGCUCAUGGUAUGGUUGGGAGUCUCUUAUUGGGGCCUUAACAGAGGUACAUUUUUGCACUGGGUAUUCCAACAAGAUUCGGCGCCAGCUCAUAGAGCGAAGAGCACACAAGACUGGCAGGCGGCGCGUGAAAUCGACUUCAUCCGGCACGAAGACUGGCCCUCCUCCAGUCCAGAUUUGAAUCCGUUAGAUUACAAGAUAUGGCAACACUUGGAGGAAAAGGCGUGCUCAAAGCCUCAUCCCAAUUUGGAGUCACUCAAGACAUCCUUGAUUAAGGCAGCCGCCGAUAUUGACAUGGACCUC